AUGUGUGAAGCUCCGAGGGUGUAUCGCUUCCCCGUGUUUGAGAAAAGCUUCUGUGAUGAGCUGGUGGAGGAGCUGGAGCACUUUGAGCAGUCUUCAGCCCCUAAAGGAAGACCCAACACCAUGAACCACUACGGGAUACUCCUGAAUGAACUGGGCUUUGACGAGGGCUUCAUCACGCCUCUUCGUGAGCAGUACCUGCAUCCGCUCACCUCCCUGCUCUACCCGGACUGUGGGGGGCGCUGUCUGGAUAGCCACAAGGCCUUUGUGGUUAAAUAUGAUAUGAAUGAAGACCUGAACCUGAGCUACCACUAUGACAACGCAGAGGUCACCCUCAAUGUUUCACUGGGCAAGGACUUCACUGAAGGCAACCUUUACUUUGGUGAUAUGAGACAGAGUCCAUGA